UACUUGCCUGGAGACAGAGGCAGCUGAGAACUUUUCUUCUCUCCUCCCCUUGUGAUCUGUCUAUGACCUGCAGCCAUCCCUCUCUCCCACCUCCCCCCGUCCGCCCCUACGACCGGGGACAGCUGGGCUCCAUCCUCUAUCCAUCCAGGAGCACGGCCCGAAGGCUUUCAGAGCUGCCUGCCCGAUACUCCCAGUGGUAUCUCUUCACAACAGCGCGGACAUAAUGCUCUAUUACUGGGUCCUGCUGCUGCUGCUGUCUAUGACAGCUGUGCAGUUGGCUGAAGUGGCUGAGAUUUCUCCAGGAUCCUGCACCUUUGAGAACAGCACAUGUGCCUACACCUCAGCCUUUCCGUUUCUCCAGUGGACAGUAAAUACUGAAGGUCAUUACAUUUCCGUGGACUCAUCCAAUGGAUUACGGGGGCAGAAAGCUGUGCUGAUUAGUCCAGAUCUUCAUUUUGCAGAAUGGAGCUGCAUCAGACUGGUGUACCAGAUUGCAGGCUCAGAAACCACUCCAAGUCCAAGCAGCUUGAAUGUGUUUGUCAGGCCUGAAGGAGAGAGCUUUGAUUACCUGUUAUGGUCAGCAGAGGAACAUUCAGACAGCUGGCUAAUAUCAAGCAUAGAUCUGAAGAACACAACAAAAAGGUUCAAGGUCAUUCUGGAAGGUGUAUUAGGAACAAAUGCAAUGAGCAGCAUUGCUAUCUUUGAGGUGAAAAUGUCUACUGGUUAUUGCAUUGAAUGUGACUUUGAAGGAAACCAUCUUUGUGGGUAUAUGAACAGUUGGAACCCAAAUGUAAACUGGUUUGUUGGAGGAGGCAAUGUCAAGAAUUCUCGUUCCAUUUUGCCAAGAGACCACACACUAAACAACGAAUUAGGGCACUACAUGUAUGCUGAUUCUGUUUAUGUCAAACAUUUUCAAGAAGUUGCCCAGCUGGUCUCUCCACUAAUUAUAACCCCAAUAUCAGGCUGCCUUUCAUUUUAUUACCAACUUCAGCGUGAGAGUAGCAAUAUAUUUGUGGUACAUACCAGAGAUCUUCAUGGCUCAUAUGAUGAAAUCUGGAAAAUGGGUGCUGUGAGACAAGGAGAAUGGAAUCUAGCAGAAGUUGAUCUAAAUGCACCUGUCCCAUUAGAGGUUAUUUUUGAAGUUGCCUUUAAUGGUAUCCAAGCAGGAUAUGUUGCCUUGGAUGAUAUAUCAUUUUCCCCAGUUUCCUGCAGUGGACAGCAAGGGAUGUUCUUUGAUGCAAGAGAAGCUGGAUGUGAUUUUGAGGAAGGCAUGUGCCAGUUUCAUCAGGAUGAUGUCAAUGGUUCAGGAUGGAGCAGAGUCAAAGUAAAACCCAAUGCAUACGAAAUGGGCGAUCACACAACUGGACUUGGCUAUUUCAUGAUAGCUAAUAAAAGGUUUACAGGGCAACCUGGCUACUUUGGACACCUCUAUGGUCCUUCUUUACCUGGAAACAUUCAGUAUUGUUUUCGGUUUUUCUAUAACUUAUAUGGCUUUUACAAAACCACUGACUCGCUGGCUGUUUACAUCUUUGAAGAGAAUCAUGUAAUGCAGGAGAAAAUCUGGUCUGCCCAUGAAACACCCAAAGGAGUCUGGAUGAAAGCUGAAAUAAGCAUACAUAAACCAAUGCCUUUCAAGGUUGCAUUUGUGAGCUGGUGCAAGAGUUUUUGGGACUGUGGCAGUGCAGCACUUGAUGACAUAUCAGUGAGCAUUGGAAACUGCCAAAUAUCUGACAGAAUACCACCAUUGCCUGGAAAGUGCACCUUUGAAAAAAAUGAUUGUGGAUUUCAGCAAGAAUGGCAAAGGAGGGGUAUUUGGCACAGGAUACAAGGGAGGACACCAACAUACAACACAGGACCUAAUGGAGACCACACCUCUGGGGUAGGUUACUACAUGUACAUUGAGGCCACAAAUAUGGUGUUUGGACAGAGAGCCAGACUAAUCUCAAGAGAACUUCGGGCUGUUGUUGGGAAGCAGUGUUUGACAUUCUAUUACCAUAUGUAUGGGGCUGGCACUGGAUUGCUGAAUGUAUAUUUGAUUAAGGAAAGUGAUAUAAAUAAGGAUACUCUUCUCUGGACAAGAAAAGGUGAACAGAGCAUCACAUGGCUGAAAGCUCAAAUAGAAUAUGAGAAUGAACAGCAACAUAAGAUUGUCUUUGAAGCUGUACGUGGCAUUUCUAUAAGAAGCGACAUUGCAAUUGAUGAUAUUAUGUUUCAGAAUGGACCUUGUUACGAUUCUAGUGACCCUCUACAGUCAUCUGGAUAUUCAGACAACUUCAAUGACAUUGAAUUCUAGAUCAUAUUGUUUUAGAAGCCAGUCAACAGAACACACAUUUAUAGUGUUUCAGUGCUCACAAUGUUUCUGUUGUUUAAAACUAUAGCUGCCAGCACCCCCUGUUAAGAGUUGUAUUUUACCACAGUUGCAACACCAGGGUUUUAAUAACAGUAGAUACUUCAGGAACUGCAUAUUAAUUUUUAUACAGAACUCUUGGCAAGUUACAGUGAUACAAUUUACUGAUACAUACCACAAACUCAGAACACUCAUGUUUGUCGACAGAGAAUUCUACUCAGGGCUUUUUAAAUGUAUUUCUGCAUGGACAGUAAGUAAGUACAUUUGUGCAGCAUUACAGUUGGCCACAAAAUCCACUGUAUACUGUAGGUAACAAUGUAUUUUUUAUCCUCAUUAAUUUUUUGAAAGCACAGAUAACAACGCACAAAAUUAAAAGAUUGUAAUAAAUGUUUGGAAAAAUA